UCUUUCCGCACCCCUCAUCAUCAUCACCCUCUCAUUUCUCUCUGCACGCCUCUCUUCUCUCUCUCUCCCUCACCUCCUCAUCCUUCGCGGCAAAACCCGCUCACACAGUUCAUCAGUUCAAUUCUCUCUUUUUAUGAUAUAUAACCCACCAAAUCAGUGAAGUCUGAUACUGUGAGUGGAGAUCUAGGUAUAGCAGCUAGCAGAUCCAUGGGCGUUGAACUGGAAGUGUUAGAAGAAUUCUGGCCAAUCACGCCCGUACGGACCCAUGCAAUUGCGAGAAAGGGGCUGUCUUCGCAGCAGAAUGAGGAGGAAGACGAUUGCCACACACCCACUUCACCUUCUCGAACAUUGAGGACCCCAUUGGUGUGUCCACCUGCUCCCAAGAAGCCAAGGCGAGUUGCUGCUGCAGUAGCAGUGGCUCCCAGAAACGUCGUCGUAGCCUCGCCUUCUCAGAUGUUCUUCCAAGUACCUCACGAUCUGGCUUCUGUCUUCUUGCCAGCUUCUUCUAAGAAGAUCAAAGCAAGCUCUUAACCUGACACCAGUAAUUGACAGCUGAUGAGGAUCAGUAUAUAUGUAUAUCUCUAUAUCAAUUGUUUUUCUCGGUUGGUAGUAUAAUUAUUAGUCUGCUUCUCAAUGUUUGUGUAGGUAAUUAAAUAGUGGAUGAUUUGAUCCUUUAUAUUUGUUUAUGAAUGUAUUUCUGAGUUGAAGUUAUACAGGGUCCAAAGUUGUUCGUUCACAUUUUUCUGUAAGAGCGGUUGGUGGGUGGGUGAUGGAUUCAAUCCAACAUUCAUGUUUACUGGAUAUAUUUUCAGAGAAAACUGUGCAAAAAACAAUUAAAUUGAGCCCUAAAGAGAAAAAGGAAUGUAUAUGACGAAAAAUGAGAAAGGUUAUGCCAAUUAUGGAGUUGAAGAAGAGGGGGGUCCAGGGAGAGAGAAAGGGAUCCAGAGUCUCCACUUUGGUGAAGGUACUAUAUAUCGCAUUGAAUUGCCCUCCCAACUAUCAAUUGUGAAGAACCUGAUGAUUUGGCUGGUUGUAUAUAUCUGUUUUUCAUAUAUACAUAUAUAUAUAUAUAUAUAUCCUUAAUUAUUAA